UCUCCGGAAGCGACGGGAUUCGGAAUCUGCGUGCCGUGCGCGAGCCGCCAGCAGGCCGGGAUGUUCGUCCUGGUGGAGAUGGUGGACACCGUGCGGAUCCCCCCCUGGCAGUUUGAGAGGAAGCUCAACGACUCCAUCGCCGAGGAGCUGAACAAGAAGCUGGCCAACAAGGUGGUGUACAACGUGGGACUCUGCAUCUGCUUGUUCGACAUCACCAGGCUGGAGGACGCCUACGUGUUUCCAGGCGACGGCGCGUCGCACACCAAAGUGCAUUUUCGCUAUGUGGUCUUCCAUCCCUUCCUGGACGAGAUUCUGAUCGGGACGAUCAAAGGCUGCAGCCCAGACGGAGUGCACGUCUCUCUCGGCUUCUUCGAUGAUAUUCUCAUCCCCCCCGAGUCACUGCAGCAACCAGCCAAAUUUGAUGAAGCUGAGCAGGUGUGGGUGUGGGAGUACGAGACAGAGGAAGGAGCACACGACCUGUACAUGGACACUGGCGAGGAGAUCCGCUUCCGGGUGGUGGACGAGAGCUUUGUGGACACGUCUCCCACGGGGCCCAGCUCCGCCGAGGCCACCUCUUCCAGCGAGGAGCUGCCCAAGAAGGAGGCUCCGUACACACUGGUGGGGUCCAUCAGUGAGCCGGGCCUGGGCCUUCUCUCCUGGUGGACCAGCAAUUAGCCCUGGGGCUCAACAGCAGACCCUGCCUCUACUCGGCCUGUGGUGCAGCCCACCGUUGUGGACAGGAGUGGCCAAGGAGAUGCUCAAGAGAAGAGUGUUGCCUGGAGCUGGGGGGUGGGGGCUUGGAGUGCCGCCGGCUUGUCCCCCCGCCCCUCCCUGGACCCGCUCCUGGAGCUGCCCCUCAAGUGCUGCUGUCCUGAGCUGCCCCUCAAGUGCUGCUGAUCAGAGGUGACGGGGUCUGCCAGUGACACGCAGAGGGGGCAGAACGGCACGUCACCAGCUUCCUGUCCUUCCACGUCAGCCAGCACCGGACACUUGUGUCACACUCAGCGUUACCCAGGUGUCAGUGCCGGCGCCACCACGUCUCCUGGGCAUGGGACCUGGGACAGGCGUACUCACCAGGGGCUGCCCUGCAGGGAGAAGUGGCCUAGCGUGGGAGGUGACCUGACCUGGGCUCAGAGUGCCCGGGGGUCAC